AUGCGAGAGACUGAAGCUCAGCUUCUUUUAAUCGAAAUCGAGGACUGCGACUGCCUAAAAGUCCAAAAACGAGCAGAAAAGGAACGAAGAUUGGCCGAGUAUCGAGCUCUUGUGGCCAGAGCUGACCAAGGUCGUCAACGGCUCCUGCUUCUGCAUUACGGCUGGCUUCCAUGGCUGCGAUUGAUUACUCAUUGUCGUGACCAGGAGGAAAGAUCGGUGCAAAGUUUCAGGUUUCAUCUUCAAAGGCGGGCAUUUUCACGUUGGCUCCUCGAAACAAGAAAUCAAAAUGAGGCCCGUAGUAGAGUCGCCGACGAAUUUAGAGAACGCGUCCUAAAGCGAAACUGCCUUUUAGGCCUGAAGCAGCCCCGUUUCAUUGUCUACAUUUACCUGGCCUCGCUUUCUCAACUCGGUUAUGGAUAUAGGGAGGGUUCAGGUAACCGAUUCCUUGUAGCUUAA